AUGGAAUAUGUUAUUCAAUAUCAUUUCCAUCCAGACACAACAGAUAGCUUAAGUUUUCUCAUUACAAAAGAAUAUUUAAUUGCAUUUUCGUUUGGUGCAAUAGAGUAUCUGGUUGAAUGCUACUUCUUUCCAUAUAAGUGCACAUUUUCUAACGUUUUCAUAUAUAUUGGCCUUUCAUUAAUUGCAAUUGGAUUAACUAUAAGAUUCACUGCAAUUAUUCAAGCAGGAAAAUCAUUUACUCAUUUGAUAGCAUAUUAUAAACGUCCUGAACAUAAGCUUAUCACGACAGGAAUUUAUAAAUAUAUCAGACACCCUUCUUAUCUCGGAUAUCUUAUAUUUGCAGUUGGAACCCAGAUAUACCUCACAAAUGUUAUAUCUCCCAUUGGUUUUUACAUUGUUUUAUAUCUAUUUUUCAAAGACAGGAUAAGAGAAGAAGAAAUAUAUCUUGUUGAAAUGUUCCCUGAAUAUGCUGCCUAUAGAGCCAGAACACCAACAUGGAUGUUCAUUUAA